AUGCUAGAGCUAUACAGUAUGAAUUAUAGACUGAGGUAUUUCUACUCAAGAGGAGCGUUCCUAGUACUCGUCUGGGUGGCUCUGCUCAAUGCCACCUACGGGUCUCUCAUCAAAAUGUACGCCCCACUAUCCAGAAGUAUCAGAGGCUACACGUAUAUUCCAAUUCUAGCGGUUGGCUUGUGUAUUUUCUCUGCCCCAUUUUCAGGAUGGCUUGCUGAUGCUCGUUAUGGAAAUUUCAAAGUUUUUAAAGCUGGAUCUGUACUUUCGUUCAUAGCUACUGUGAUGGCAUGUGCUAGCAGUUUGAUUCUGGAACAUGCAAGUGGUAAUAAUUGGUCCAGUGUGAUUCCUCUAAUCGUUAGUGGUGGAGUCAACCCUGUUGUCUAUGCUCUAUUUGUAGUUGGCUCAUUGGCUUGUUUUGUAACAGCUUUGCAGUUGGGUUUGGAUCAGAUGCCUGAAUCGUCAGCAGCUAAUGUUUCGUCUUUUAUUGCCUGGUUCAUUUUUUCACAGUUUGUAGGGUUUUUUGUUUCCAAUACAUUAUUUUCUGCCCAUACGUUUUGUGCUGUAAACGGAAGUGACCAUGGCUGGAGUGUACAGUUUCUUAGUGUUUUUCCUGUGGCUUGUAUGGCCUUAGUCUGCUGUUCAUUGUUUCUCCUCGCUCCAAAAUGGCUAAUUAUUGAGCCCAAUUGUCCUCAGUCUCUGAAAACCAUCUACCAAGUUCUCAAGUUUGCUGCCAAGCACAAGGCUCCCCUCAAUCGCAGUGCUCUCACAUACUGGGAGGAAGACGUACCUUCAAGAAUGGACCUGGGAAAGUCGAGGUAUGGUGGACCGUUUACUACUGAAGAGGUGGAAGAUGUCAAAACAUUCUUCAAGAUUAUAAUAUUCCUUUUGCCAGUAUUUUUUGUUGUUUUAGGAUGGCAACCCGUUCACCAGGUGCCUAUUGAUGGACUCAGUGUUUGUACUGCUCAACUGGUGUAUAACUUCUUUUUUCAUCCACUUGUCUGGGUUCUGAUAGCAACAGUACUCAAGGAAUUCGUGUUGUUCCCACUUUUCCGUGAUAAGCUACCUAGCAUUCAGAAAUGCAUUGGAAUUGCUUCGUUUAUUGUUUUGUUGGUCCAGGUUGGAAGCUUGAUAUUAAAUGUAGUUGCUGUCUUUCACCAGGUUUCUAACGUAUACAAUUGGUUGAAUGUAAUAUGGUGUGUUUCGUGUGGCUUUAUGCUGCAGUUUUUGUUAACUAAAGUUUUCGAGUUUUCCUGUGCUCAGUCUCCCUACCAUAUGCGUGGACUGUUAUGUGGCUACACGGCACUAUUAUGCUUUGCAGCGUUGGGGAUUGGACAAGCAAUGUUUGAUAUGCUACACUACAGUGCCAGAUUCCGUGAUAAAGCUUACUCUCCUGUAAUACAGAGUUCUUUUGCUUUUGUCGUGGGUUUGAUUGGUUUCAUACUGUACUGUAUUGUGGCUGCCUGGUAUAAGAACAGAGUGAGAGAUGAAGCAUAUUCAUAUUAUUGUCAAAGUGUUGUGGAGGAUGUGUUCAGUCGACGAGUUGCUCAUAACACUAUCAACUAACAUAACAAUGUACUUUUGUAGUUUUUAUUGGUACAUAUUAAUUUGGACUAGUUCAGGUCAUUUAAAACACUGUUUAGCUUCUAGUUGUAGACUAUAUUCAUGCAAUUAUAACGUUUUAUAACGUUUUUGAAAAGUA